AUGACGGCACCGCGUCUGGAUGGGAGCAAGCGACAAACUGUCGUCGAUCGAAAUGCUAGUAUGUCUUUGAUGGCGUCAAAGUCGCGACAAUUGUGUUUGUUGGGACUCGUUCUCGUCAGCUGCAUCGUGAACGGUAUUUACUGGUCAUCGGUGUUGGUCGGUGAUCGAUGGGGCGAUGUGGAGCUUAGUUUGCCUUCGCUGUCGGGGUUGUCCUCCUCGUCUGUAUCCACUUUGGCAUCCACUCUGGCGCGUCCCGCAACGCCUUGGUCCGUCUUUUACAACGUCUACUUACCGCUCCGUAACGCGACGCACGCGUUGACCAUUGUGGAGGAGCAACUGGAACAGAUGAGUAGCUCGUACGGCGCUACCCGGCCAGGAUUCGCUCCGGUUACGGUACACGUCAAUACGAUUGGCGAUCCGAUUGGAGCAGAAAUGGUGCGGCAGUACUGUGCCGCACACACCAAUCUACACUGCGUACACAUGCAACACUACGCCGACGGCAAUUUCGAAGACGUUACCUUGUCGCGCGUUCACCAGUUUUGCCGAAACGCCGAGAUGGACGACACUCCGUCACACGAUCCGGUCGUUAUCUACUUGCACUCCAAGGGGACCUACCAUCCCAGUGAAAUGAACGAUCGGUGGAGACGUUUCAUGACCAGUGCAGCCAUGGGGGAAGAGUGCUUGGAGUUUCAAGGUCUACCAGACCGAGAUACCCCGGAUAUAGCGCCACCGCACCUCUCGUCAACCGAUAAUCCACAAUGCAACGUCUGCGGUUUCAUGUUUUAUCCCAUAUGGACACCGUUUUUUCCGGGUAAUGUUUGGACCGCCAAGUGCAGCUAUAUUCGAAAGCUCAUGCCUCCACAAGUCUUCAAGAAACAAUCCGAUUCGACGGCUGACAAAGCCGUGGCUCUCAUGAGAGAAGGACGUUUCACCAUGAACUUGUUGUCGCCGUAUUUGGAGGAGGGAGGGUACUUGGGACGCGAACGAUUCGCUGAUGAGCACUGGGUAGGGAGUCAUCCGUCGCUUGUGCCUUGCGACUUGGCUCCUCGACCUCAACUAAUGAAAUGGGUACAUCCGCGACUACGGAAAAAGUUCGGCGCACCACCAUUUAAGUGGUCGUUAGCACCGCGUCACGGAAUCAACGAAGACUGGUUGUUCUUGCAGGGGAUUAAGAAGAAGUACCGGCUGGUGGCCGACCCCGAUUGGCGUCAUCGAGAGUUCUUCUUGUUACCGGGAGCACUGUGGAAAUGGAUCACCUGGUACGAUGCGGUACCGCCGGAUUCUUCAUACGUGUGGAAGUGGUUUCCGGACGGCCUAGAGUGGCUAAAACGAGCGCAAACACUGGGGACGCAAGGGUUGCUGACGUAUUUGACACACGACACCUAUCUGCACCCACCGGAUGAACCUUCGAGGGUUCAUCCGUUUCAAAUCGCCACGACCGAUAAGAGAGGCGAACCAGUACGAACCUUCUUUUAUCACAUUCAGAUACCUGUAAAGAAUGUUCACAAGGCCGUCUUUCGUCGAGUCGUAUACGAACGACUAGAAGCGAUCGGCUAUUUAUCCCCGGGAGCGACGGUCUUUUUUAAUACCGUCGGAGAUGCAAGUGUACUCGAUGUGGAAAAGUUAAAAGAAUCCUGUGAGGAAAUAUACGGGCUCAAUUGCGUAAACAUGGAGCAGCUGGAUGCCGGGAUGGACAUUAAAACGAUGAGCCGAGUGUACGAUUUUUGUCGCAUUCACAGCUCUUUGCGAGUUGGCUACGUUCACACAUUGGGAGGCACAGAACGAUCAAGCACCCCUCGAAACGAAGAACGGCUACUGCAAACCAAGGCAAUAGCCACCAACUUGUGUUGGAAAAGCACACAAGCGGAUUGUGACGUUUGCUCACUAAAGACGACGUCUCGAAAUCCAAUUUGGGGUGCGGAUGCGGUUGGCAAUCGGAAGAAGGUUUCAAAGCGCAGGAGAAACUUCAAGACUCUUCAGACAGCCAGUAGCCAGCCUGACCCUAUUCCUGCCAUAUGGACGGCAAGUUGUGCCUACAUCGCCAGUCUCGAUUCGCCAAACGACUUUGCGUCCAAGACGGCACAAGUCAAUUGGUCUCUUAGUCAAACCAGCGGACAACGUUGGAUUUUGAGCGAUAACAGUGCCAAUCGUUGCAAAGUGGAGGUAGAGACUGUCGCAAAACUUGCGCAACUCGCUAAGAAUAAACAAAGGGCUCUGAAAUUAUGGCGCGCAAGACAGAAGAGUACGACGGCAGACGAAGAAGUUGGCACGGUGGAACACUGA